AUCUCUGACUGAUUGAAGUCCGUUUAAUUCAUUUGUUUGAAUGGCUCGUUUGUUGAGUCAGCUCUGAGUCAUUUGACUUUUUUGGAUGAUUCUUAAUUUCCUUCCAAAUCAGACUAUGUAGUUAAUCAUUUCACCCAGGCCCUCAUACGCCUACAGCCUAAUCACAGAGAGUUGUGAGAAUCAAACUCUGAAAUGUUGAAUCCUUUAUAAGGGAAGAUGUGGUAGUACCUGUUAAAACCAUGGGGUGGCGCCGUUACCAUUCUCUGGUGUGGGAUAAACUCAGGAACGAGUUAAGAUUGAUCUAAAUGCAGCUUCUCUGUUUCGGGAAAUCUUAGGUGGCUGGAAACAUAAUUUGUAGUUUAUUUGUUGGGUCUAAACUAAAGAUUAUUCCAUAAGCUUUACAGUUGGUGGAUCACUUCACUGGCUCUGAGAAGAGAGACCUUAUACUGUUAAAAUAUUAAACUGCAUGACUUUGGAAACAGUUGCAUCAUUCUAUAUGGUACAUUGUCUUGAAUACAAGCUUUUGUACAAGUACACAGCCUUGUUGGGAAUUUAACAGGAAUUUCAUCAGUACACGCAUCUAGUUAACUUCAUUCUAUAAGCAUAUUUUGUGGUUUGUUUUCACAAUGCCAAAGCUCAAUGGGAAUUUUGUGUUUUGUUUGGGUUGUUUUGAAUCAUACCUGGGUUUUAGUGUUCUGUGAGGUUCCUAUAUAUCAAGUUCCAAGUCCAGGCUGUUAUACAGGCUAUUGUAAUGAUCCUGAUCAGACCACCACCCUAUCACACCUACAGUCAACAUCCUGUUGACACAAACAGCCAGAACAACACAUUUCCAACAGGGUUUGGGGUCUGCAGCUGGAUGAUCCAGUGUUAACCAGCACUAAUUACACCAUGUCGUGUCUCCACUUCACACAAUAUGGGGUCGAUACUGUACGUCCAUCUUUAUACCAGGUGAUGGAUACCCAGGUUGGUGUUCCAUGUCGGGGUACAAUUACCACUAAGACAAACAUGUCUCAGAAAGGGAAGCCAGACAGGCAAACACUUGAUUUGAAUUCCUCCACAGAGGAGACAUGCUCUGACUCUAGUCUAUUCAAAAGAUUAAGAAGACAAAAUGCAAGAUUUUCUCUGCACUGAGAACUGCUGCCUAAUUUAACGUCACUGCAGCUUAACCCCAUGAUGAGAUGUGAAUAGCUAUGGUCAUUGAAUUCACAUGAGAUUAUAAGGUCAAUACCAUCAGAAAAAAAUAAAACUAUCUUCAAUUUAAGUUUUUCAGUCACCGUGAGGUCUGAGGGGGGAAAAGUCUGAACUCUUAAGAUAAGGGUUAAAGGGUCAGUGAAAAUGGUGUGCCUGGGUUCUGUCUCUCCCCUUACACAGCCAGAAGGGCACUGGCCACCCCUCAGAGCCUGGUUCCUCUCUAGGUUUCUUCCUAGGUUCCUGCCUUUCUAGGGAGUUUUUCCUAGCCACCAUGCUUCUGCAUUUGGGGUUUUAGGCUGGGUUUCUGUAUAAGCACUUUGUGACAUCUGCUGAUGUUAAAACAGCUUUAUAAAUAAAUUUGAUUUGAAAUGGUCUGUGUGGAAAGUUUAUCCACAGCCUGAACCUGAACCGCACACUGGUGGACUGGAUAUAAUAUAAAAGUUAAGGCAUAUAAAAGUUCCAUGGAACAGAAGUCAGUCUCCAAAAGCCAAGGCAGAAGAAAAUGGGAAGAAUCAUCAGUUUGCUAUCUGAAGUUUCUGAAGACUGUCAACCUAUAGCAUCAGCUUAUACCAGGGGAAAACUGGUGAAGACUUAGAUGUUUCAUCUGUCACACAGAAAGCAAAAAUAAGAGAAGCCCUUUUGCAAUAGACAAAACCACAGAGUUGGCUCUGCAAGAUACAUUUAGGUCACACUGCAUGUGCAUGGAGAGAGAUGAGCAAGAAGGCUGCUCUGCAUGAGCAACUUCCGUACCAGAGAUCAUAACUUGUUGAAUGUUUUGAAGUGGGACUGUUUUUUUAUUAUGUCCACCACCAAGGUGACAUCAAACCAACAAACAAACUCUCCGAGAGCACCUUCACUCAGGGCUUUCUUAGUGGUCUUCUGACUGACUGUGUAGAGUAUGAACAACCACAGUUCUGGAUCGUACCACCCUCCGGCUGAACCAUUGGUGAUGCCUGUUCUGGUGGUAAUUAUCUUCGUGACGGUUGCUGGCAACCUACUGGUCAUCCUCACCAUCGCCCGCACCCUCCACCUCCAGACCACCACCAACAUCUUUGUCAUCUCCCUGGCCUGUGCUGACCUUAUCAUGGGCUGCCUGGUGCAGCCUCUGGGGGCCUCCCUAGUGGUGACGGGGGACUGGCUCCUUAGCGGCACAGCCUGUGAGCUCUGGACAUCCAUGGAUGUCCUCUGUGUGACAGCCAGCAUUGAGACGCUGUGCACCAUCGCUGUGGAUCGCUAUAUCGCCAUCACACAGCCUCUCAGGUACCAGUCUCUGCUUGGGAAACGUCAGGCGUGGCUCAUGGUGUGUGUGGUGUGGAGUGUGGCAGCCCUCAUCUCUAUAGUCCCAAUCAUGAGCCAGUCGUGGCGUGCUCAUAACGACACCGGGAGCAUGCAGUGCUACGAGGAGCCACACUGCUGUGACUUCAUCACCAACAUGCCAUACGCCAUCGUGUCCUCUGUUGUGUCCUUCUACGUCCCCCUGCUGAUCAUGAUCUUCAUCUACAGCAGAGUCUUCCUCAUCGCCACACGGCAGGUCAGGCUUAUGAAUGAAAACAAGCUGCGUUUCCUCAAUUGGUGUGACAUCCCCCCAUCAGAGUGUCAAAUAGUCAGCCCUGGGAGUCCCAAUGGCAGGGAUGGGAGCAUCACUGGCAGGGCUGUGAGUCCCACUGGUAGUAUCACUGGCAGGGCUGGGAGCACCACUGGCAGAGCUGGGAGCAUGAACAGGACUGGGAACAACGGCAGGGCUGGGAGCAGCUUCAUUUUCGACUCCAUACAGUGGAGAAGCCAGGGCCGCAGGCACACUCGGGUAACUGUCCUAAAGGAACACAAAGCCAUCAAGACCCUGGGGAUCAUCAUGGGGACCUUUACUCUGUGCUGGUUGCCCUUUUUUGUGUCCAACAUCAUCAAGGUGUUUGACCCAGAUAUCCCCACCAGGGACGUUUUUAUUCUGCUCAACUGGCUAGGCUACCUGAACUCAGGCCUCAACCCCAUCAUCUACUGCCACAGCCCAGAGUUUCGCUCAGCCUUACGGAACCUUCUAUGUUGCCUGUGGCUCUCUAAGGUGGGGCUCAACAGAGUCUUCAAGGGGCUGUGGACUAGUGCCAUGUUGGAGGAGAGUAGAGCCAAUGCAGGGACACACAGCUGCCAGGGCCUGAGACAGGGGCAGAGGCAGGAUCAGGAGCAUGGACUGGGGCAGGAGGGACUGUCUCUGCCACUAACACCCAUUCAACACAGUCCAGACGGAAUGGAUGUCACUGACACAGCGACAGUCUGAGAGAAAGUCACACCUAUAUGGUAUAUACAGCAUGAAUGCACUAGCUCUAUUUGGUUGAUUGCAUUGUUGGCUUCAUCAAAUUUACAUGAUACACAAGGGUUCAAAGAGGUUUUUUCGGCUGUCCCCAUAGGAUAACUCUUUUUUUGUUCCAGAGAGAACCCUUUUUGGUUCAAUAUAGAACCCUUUUGGGUUGCAUGUAGAACCCUCUGUGGAAAAGGUCCUACAUGGAACCCAAAGGGGUUCUUCAAAGGGUUCUCCUAUGGGGAAGGCAAAAGAAGCCAUUUAGGUUCCAUAUAGGACCUUUUUUUAAGAGUGUACAAUUCACACAUUUAGAGAUGAGGAAUAAGGAACAAAUGCAAAUACCUGUAUAUAUAUACACAGGUAUCUGUUGGUUAUCACUACGGCAACAGCUUCCAGGAACGAAACAAUAUUUACAUAUUACAGUUAUUCGGAAAAUAAGCAAAAGGAAUAAAACAACAAGAUGUACAUACUGCCAAGUGGUACAGUAUAUAUAAAUAUACAGUGGGGAGAACAAGUAUUUGAUACACUGUCGAUUUUGCAGGUUUUCAUACUUACAAAGCAUGUAGAGGUCUGUAAUGUUUAUCACAGGUACACUUCAACUGUGAGAGAUGGAAUCUAAAACAAAAAUCCAGAAAAUCACAUUGUAUGAUUUUUAAGUAAUUAAUUAGCAUUUUAUUGCAUGACAUAAGUAUUUGAUGCAUCAGAAAAGCAGAACUUAAUAUUUGGUACAGAAUCAUUUGUUUGCAAUUACAGAGAUCAUACGAUUCCUGUAGUUCUUGACCAGCUUUGCACACACUGAAGCAGGGAUUCUGGCCCACUCCUCCAUACAGACCUUCUCCAGAUCCUUCAGGUUUCGGGGCUGACGCUGGGCAAUACGGACUUUCAGCUCCCUCCAAAGAUUUUCUAUUGGGUUCAGGUCUGGAGACUGGCUAGGCCACUCCAGGACCUUGAGAUGCUUCUUACGGAGCACUCCUUAGUUGCCCUGGCUGUGUGUUUCGGGUUGUUGUCAUGCUGGAAGACCCAGCCAUGACCCAUCUUCAAAUGCUCUUACUGAGGGAAGUAGGUGGUUGGCCAAGAUCUCGCGAUACAUGGCCCCAUCCAUCCUCCCCUCAAUACGGUGAAGUCGUCCUGUCCCCUUUGCAGAAAAGCAUCCCCAAAGAAUGAUGUUUCCACCUCUAUGCUUCACGGUUGGCAUGGUGUUCUUGGGGUUGUACUCAUCCUUCUUCUUACUCCAAACACGGCGAGUGGAGUUUAGACCAAAAAGCUCUAUUUUUGUCUCAUCAGACCACACGACCUUCUCCCAUUCCUCCUCUGGAUCAUCCAGAUGGUCAUUGGCAAACUUCAGACGGGCCUGGACAUGCGCUGGCUUGAGCAGGGGGACCUUGCGUGCGCUGCAGGAUUUUAAUCCAUGAUGGCGUAGUGUGUUACUAAUGGUUUUCUUUGAUACUGUGGUCCCAGCUCUCUUCAGGUCUUUGACCAGGUCCUGCAGUGUAGUUCUGGCUGAUCCCUCACCUUCAUCAUGAUCAUUGAUGCCCCACGAGGUGAGAUCUUGCAUGGAGCCCCAGACCGAGGGUGAUUGACCGUCAUCUUGGACUUCUUCCAUUUUCUAAUAAUUGUGCCAACAGUUGUUGCCUCCUUACCUUGCCUAUUGUUCUGUAGCCCAUCUCAGCCUUGUGCAGGUCUACAAUUUUUCACCCUGAUGUCCUUACACAGGUCUCUGGUCUUGGCCAUUGUUGAGAGGUUGGAGUCUGUUUGAUUGAGUGUGUGGACAGGUGUCUUUUAUACAGGUAACGAGUUCAGUUAAUACAGGUAAUGAGUGGAGAACAGGAGUGCUUCUUAAAGAAAAACUAACAGGUCUGUGAGAGCCAGAAUUCUUACUGGUUGGUAGGUGAUCAAAUACUUAUGUCAUGCAAUAAAAUGCAAAUGAAUUACUUAAAAAUCAUACAAUGUGAUUUUCUGGAUUUUUGUUUUAGAUUCCGUCUCUCACAGUUGAAGGUUACCUAUGAUAAAAAUGACAGACCUCUACAUGCUUUGUAAGUGGGGAAACCUGCAAAAUCGGCAGUGUAUCAAAUACUUGUUCUCCCCACUGUAUACACAGUACCAGUCAAAGGUUUGGACACACCUACUCAUUCAAGAGUUUUUCUUUAUUUUUUUACUAUUUUCUACAUUGUAGAAUAAUAGUGAAGGCAGUAACUGCUCAUUUGGUCAAAUUAGUUAAUGUCUUUUUUGCUACAUUAAAUACAUGCUUAAUCAUGUGGACAAGUAUCCUGCCUAUUGUUUUGUUUUUUGUUAGCAGGAACUACAGAAAGUUACUGUGAAACAAAGGAAAAUAAAAGUAUUUUUUCUCAGUUCCAA